GCCCAAGAAAACGACAGGUCCACAGCCGCUGCGCCCAAUUGCAACCAGAUACCCUCCCCGCGCCGGCGUCCGGCGAUCGCCGGCAUCGGAGCGAUGGAUCACCCAUCCACGUGAUGGAUCCGCCAGCGCCUUCUCCGAGGCCCCCUGUGGGCGAUGGGGCACAGCCAUCGGAGCGUAACCGGCAGCGACCAAGGUCUGCACUCCGUGGCGCCCUCGGGGUGGCCUUCCCCAUCGCGGUAUCGUUCCUCUUCUCCUUCCUCGUCGGGCUCGCUGGGCUCGCGCUUGGUGGCCUCUCAUCCACCGCAUCGGUCUCCAUGCCCUCCACCUGCCGCGUCCUCUCCACCGGUGUUGACCUUAGGUCAUCAAAGGUUUGCGAGCUUGGAUUAUUGAACUAUAGAGCUAAGCAUAUCUUCUACCCGUCGAGUAAGAGAAGAUUCCGCUGCCAUGAUGACUACUACUGGGCUUCAGUUUUACAGGUUGAAUACACAGAAUAUUUUUCUGGCCAAGUAUCUUAUGCAGUGGCAGAGGCCCCAAAAGAGGCUCUUCCUCAUAAUUGUCGACCUGAUUUUGGUGCUGCAUGGUCAACAACAUUAAAGUUCAAGGUCAAUGAAUCAUACAGUUGCAGAUAUAUGCUAGGUAGUAACAAGGCUGAUAUUCACUCGGACAAACUAUUCAAUUGUACUGCUGAGGAACCUUCAACUACGGAGCUGCUCAAAAGGAUACUUAUACUGUUUUCAGAGAUGUAUGUGUCAGAAGAUUUCAGUUCAGAACGGAUGCUUGGAUAUGUAGCAGCAGGUGUUGUGCUCGGCAUGUUGAGUUCGAUGUUCAUUACAGUCUUAUUUAGAGGUUUCUAUGGAUUGUUGCUUGCUGCAGCCCGGUGGGCUGUGAGGAAGCAUAGCAUCAGAGCAUUUGCCAGUCGGUUGAAGCGUGCCUGCCUUCUUGUUGCCUAUGUAUCAGCUGUUGGCUGGAUCACCUUGCAGUAUAGCAAAUUUAUCGGAUUGAAAGAACUUUUGUCAGAUUCUGAACUCAUGGAGAGGUUCUUCUAAACUGUAGAUGUAUUCGCCGGUGUAUAUUGUACUUGUAAUACCAUUCGGUUAUUUAGGAAGUUUUCUUCUUUUGAUCUGAAAUCAGUCCUCUGUUGUACGAGUAUAUGUACAUGCCAACACUGCUGCUCUGUCACAAACAUGUUUUUCGUGCCACAUUUUAUCAAGGACAGCUAGCUGACGACCUGACGCCACA